GUGUGUACCGCGGGGAGGCUGUGUGGGCUGGGCUGGGCAGGAGUGGCUGGGUGUUUUUCUUCAGCAGCAGCAUCCUUUAAUAUCUUGUGACAUCGCUUCCUUUCUGAAAGAUGCUCAGGGCGGAGGAGACGCUGCGUGCAUCGAGAUGAUGAAAGCGGCUCACAUGAGGUGUGUCUUGUCUGACUGCUUUCACCAAAUGAAAUAUUAGCAUCUCCACCUGUACGGAGACGGAAAACUGGACCCCGCCCCGAGAAAAUGGCUAUUUUAACGUGGUGAGAUUUAUGCUUUUUCAUCUUAGACCAAAAUGUCUAAAACCAAACACUGCGAGGCGGUCAGGGUGGUGGUCCGCUGCCGGCCAUUCAACAGGAGAGAGGAGACAACGCAGUGUGAAAACAUUUUGGAGAUUGAUGACAAACUGGGGCAGAUCCGCAUCAAGAAGCCGAAGGCACCACCUGAUGAUCCAAUGAAAGUAUUCACGUUUGACUGUGUGUAUGGCUGGGAUUCAAAACAAAGCGACAUUUAUGACGGGGCAGUGAGACCUCUCGUGGAGUCCGUGCUCCAUGGCUUCAACGUGACUAUAUUUGCCUAUGGACAAACUGGGACAGGUAAAACGCACACCAUGCAAGGGGUUUCAAACGAUCCAGAGAUGAGAGGGGUCAUACCAAAUUCAUUUCAGCACAUUUUUACACAAAUAUCCAGAACUCAGAAUCAGAAAUACCUGGUGAGGUCAUCAUACCUUGAGAUCUACCAGGAGGAAAUCAGAGAUCUGCUGUGCAAAGACAACAACAAGAAACUGGAGCUGAAAGAAAAUCCUGACUUUGGUGUUUAUGUGAAAGACCUGUCUUCAGUGGUCACGAAGAAUGCCACUGAGAUUGAACAUGUGAUGAACUUAGGCAACCAGUCCAGGUCUGUGGGGUUCACUAACAUGAAUGAACGCAGCUCUCGGUCUCAUGCAAUUUUUGUCGUAACCGUGGAGUGCAGUGAAGUAGGGCCAGAUGGCGAGGACCACAUCCGCGUUGGGAAGCUGAACAUGGUUGACCUGGCUGGCAGCGAGCGUCAGAGCAAGACAGGUGCUAAAGGGAAGCGACUGAAGGAAGCAGCCAAAAUCAACCUGUCUCUCUCAGCUCUGGGGAAUGUCAUUUCAGCUCUGGUGAAUGGGAAGAGCACCCACGUCCCGUACAGAGACUCCAAACUGACCCGCUUGCUCCAGGACUCACUGGGUGGCAAUGCAAAGACAGUCAUGAUAGCAACAGUGGGGCCAUCGCACAAAAACUUUGAUGAAUCCCUGGCCACGCUGAGGUACGCCAACAGGGCCAAGAACAUAAAGAACAAACCUCGGAUUAACGAGGAUCCCAAAGAUGCCCUGCUGAGGGAGUUUCAGGAGGAGAUCGCACGCUUGAAAGCCCAGCUAGAGGAGCGAGGGAUGCUCGGGAAGGAGAGGAGGAGGAGAAGGAAUAGCAAAAGACUGAGUAAAAGUCUGGCUGGUAUGGAAGAGGAGAUGCUCAGAGAGAGCGAUGCGGAUGUGUGGAAGGCUGUCGAGGAGGAACCAGAGGUGAAACAUCACAUGAAAGAGGGAAGUGUCAUCCCGAAGGCUCUCACCUGCCAGGGGAGCAGCGAGAAGUUAAAGCACCUGAGUGACAACAGAAAAAGCGUAGAGGACAUGCAGUGGGAUCAAGAUGCUUUGGAGAAGAUCACUGAGAAAUAUAAGGCUAUGGAGAGCAAACUGUUAGUUGGGGGAAAGACUAUAAUUGAUCACACCAAUGAACAGCAAAAAAUGCUGGAGCUGAAGAGGCAAGAAAUUGCAGAACAGAUAAGACGAGAGAGAGAGAUCCAGCAGCAGAUGAUGCUGCAGGAUGAGGAGACCUUAGAAAUGAUAGAGACAUUCUCCUCCCUGCAGCAGGAGGUGGAACUUAAGACAAAGAAGCUGAAGAGGUUGUAUGCCAAACUACAGUUGGUGAAGGCAGAGAUGAGAGAUGUCAUUGAUGAACAUGUCACAACCAGACAGGAGCUUGAACAGACACAGAAUGAACUCACCAGAGAACUCAAGUACAAAUAUCUCUUGAUUGAGAAUUUUAUACCUCCAGAGGAAAAGAACAAGAUUAUGAACAGGCUGCACUUUGACAGUGAGGAGGAUCAGUGGAGACUCCAGCCGGUCCUUCCAUCAGAGAGUGCACCCACUCAGGUCAAGAGAAGGCCUCUCUCAGCUGUGGGAUACAAGAGGCCAAUCAGCCAAUAUGCACAGAUGGCUGUUGCCACGGCAACUGGAACCCCAUGUAGAUACCAGGCGGAGAAUAUAAUGCUGUUGGAGUUAGACAUGUCUCCACCAACCAUGUUCACCUUGAACCUUAAUGGCGCUCACCUGGAGAGAGCCUUUUCUCCCAGGCUGAUGCGGGACCUUCUGGUAAAUGUUCCCAUGAGAGAGAGGGCCACUGCAUCGUCACGGGUCAGGAAAUCCCAAUCCUGGUAUCAAGCACCACAAGCAGCAUCCGUCACAUCAUCCUCAUCAUCCACUACUCUGACAUCACGAUCUCAGAGCAGCUUCUCUUCAUCUCAGAGACAAAGACCAUCCUCUGCUGCCUAUCUUCCACUGGGGGGUCCAGUUCAGACAAGCCCCUGAUAUUUGGCUUUAGUUCAAGGUGGCACAAAGGAGACAUGGGGGAAAUCUUAUGCCUUGAUUUAAAAUUGAUUUCACAACUUUAAAAUAAAAAAUCACUUUAGUAAGCAUGUAUUCAACUUAACCAGAAAGACAAACAUCAUAUUUGUCUACUGUUGUCUAGUUUCUCGUGGUUUACGCCAGUCUCAAUGAAUAGCACAGCCAAAACUUAAUAUUCUGCAACCAGGUUUGACAUAAGGUAAAUUGUUUGGAGGAUCUUUACAGUUCUUAUUUUAAAUUUUAUUUUAUUUUAUUUUACUUUACUUUUUUUUGUAACAGCAACACUUUAAUCACCUAUUUUCUAAAAGAUAAAAGCCUGUAAAAUGUAUCUGGUCUUUGACAAAGGGUGAUGGGGGAACUGAGGGCCCCAACUACAGGGGGCCACCCUGGUUUAGCCUAUAUGCUUGAUUAAUUGUUGCUUUAAUUUCUAGCUAAUGUAAUUGUGAGCCAAAAAUGUUGAGAUAGCUUGUAACGCUCUCUUGAUUAGCUGCCUUAUUUUUUCAUAGUUGUGAAAUUGUGCAAAAUCCAUUUGCUUACACAUGAAAAUAAACGUACUCAAAUGAU